AUGCAUUCCAUACUGAGUAGACUUUACCGCCCCGAAAGCUCGAUUGGGACGGAGGGCGCACGAGACCGAUCGGCGCCUUCACCCACACAUCUGCGAAAGCCAUCGUCGACCCAGAAUGCAAUUGAGGAUACAGUAUUGACAGGCCUUGCUGAGCUAGGAGCGUAUCGGGUAGGCUGUCAUCACGCCUUCGUCACUCUGCUGGACAAUAAUGAGCCGUAUGUGAUCGCGGAGGCAAUAAUUUCUCAUACUGUUGGGGACGAUGAAAGCAAGAGAAGCCCCUUGCUCGGCUUAAAGACCUUGGGAUUACAGGCGGAUGGAAGCUAUCCCGCCAACGGUUUCAAAGAAGCACCGAAUGGCUUUUGUCGCAUUGUGCUGGACGUUUGUUUAGACCAUACUAUCGGCGGGCAUCCAUUUGUCACUCAAUGCCCCAAUAUACGCUUCUACGCGGAGAUUCCCCUGCGUAGCUCUUCAGGCGAUCUCUUUGGAACAUACUGCGUUGCUGACAGCGCUCCCCGCUCGCUAUUUGCCGAUGGCGAGCUUAAUACUUUGAAAGAAGUAGCAGGUUCCAUCGCCAGCCACCUCGAAAAUACCUGGACAUUACAUAAAUGCCAAAAGUCCGAGCGCCUUCUCAAUGCGCUCAGGGAGUUUUCUAAUGGCCAAUCUAGUGGCUAUACGGAGCGAAAUUUCCACAGCAGCAGGGUUGCUUCGGACCUGGGCUCACCUCAGUCAUCAGGACUUCCCGAUAUCAAUCGUAUCUCGUUGUCAACAGACACCAGGCAUGAUAGAUUCGGCCUGGAAAGACCAAAACCCCAAUACAGGGCGCAUUCACCAUCGUUCUUCAAGCGCAGUGAUGUUCCCAUAAAGGUGCACUCAUCUUCUGAGGAACACCAACAACAUAUUAGGAGAUGUUCCGACGAGUCUAGUAAUUUGAUAACGGUAUCAGAAGGUGCUACAUCAUCUGGAACCUCUGCCUUGCUUUCUCAUGCUAGUGUAUUAUUACAAGAGUCUAUGAAGCUGGAUGGUGUGUUGUUUCUGGAUGCAUCGCGUAGUAACUCUCGGAGCUUUUCAUCUGCCAGCGUCAGUGACUGGGAUGGCCUUAGCAAAGAUACCGAUACAUCCGCACCGCCUCAGUCUCCUGCGCUUUCAUCCCAAGGCAUAUGGUCCGAGAAACAAUGUGACAUUUUAGGCCAUGCCUUAUCUGAACAAUCGUCAGGCAAUGAUAGCGACUCAAUUCGUUUUGGUUUGACAGAAGGCUUGCUUCAUGAAAUGUUCGCGGCAUUUCCACAUGGCGAAGUGUUCUACCCUCAAGGCCCAACACGACGUUUUUCAGUACAGUCCUCGAGUAGCCGUGGCCAUAGCCGACAAGGUAGUGAUGGCGGUCGUUCUCUCCACCAAGGUAUUACGGUUCGACUAGGGUUUGACUUCCCCGAAAGCAGGUCCCUCAUAUUCCUACCAUUGUGGAACUGGGACAAGUCUCGAUGGCUCGCGGGUGCGAUUAUGUGGAUGAACGACAAGCAACGAGCAUUGGGAUCAGAUGACCUAUGUUUUCUGAGAGCAUUUGGAGACUCCAUCGUUGCCAAAUACUCUCACCUUGGAUGGUGUGCCACCGAAAAGUCGAAAUCGGAUCUGCUUUCAUCUGUUAGCCAUGAACUACGGUCCCCCUUGCAUGGCAUGCUUGCUAGCGCGGAAUUGCUGCAAACAACACGUCUAGAGCCCGCCCAACGAGAUAUGCUCACAAUGGUUGAAACAUGCGGUCUGACAUUGUUAGACACGAUGAACUACCUGCUGGACUUCACGAAAAUCAACAACCUAACGCACCUAAAUAAGGCAGGGGAAGCUGUUGGGUCGGCCUAUGACAACCUGACUACCGACUUCGACCUUGGUACGCUGAUAGAAGACGUCUCUGAGACCUUGUAUGCUGGCCAUCGGUCUCUUAUCAACGCCGCCAAAAUAGCGGGUCGGUAUCUUCCUAGUGGUGCCGGUGUCGGUGGUAGAUCCAUUGGUACCGAAGUCAAACAAUUGAACAAUCCUGAUGAUCUAUCCGUCGUCGUCCGCAUUGAAGAGCAAAAAUCGUGGUCGAUUCAUUCUCUCUCAGGUGGGUGGCGGAGAAUCGUGAUGAACCUGCUUGGGAAUUCGUUCAAGUUCACCCGCUCAGGUCUCAUUGAAGUUUCCUUGUCCAAAGAGGUGGAGGGAGCUGGCGAUCACAAGACUACUUUUGCCCAUCUGGCGAUCAACGAUACAGGCUGCGGAAUAUCGUCAGAAUUCCUUGAACACAAGCUUUACAGGCCUUUUGCACAGGAAGAUGUGUUGACCGAAGGAUGUGGACUAGGUUUGAGCAUUGUGCAGCAAAUAGUGACCACCCUAGGCGGCUACAUUGAGGUACACAGCCAGGUAGGCAUUGGGACACAGGUUGAUGUGCACGUUCCCAUUGAACAUGCCGUCCAAGCAUCAUCACCCUCGGCUCCGAUUAAACGUGGAGAGGGUCCAGGAUCGCGGAUCAUGACCCGGGUGUGCCUGGUUGGUCUGAAUCCAUAUACCGACCUUAAGGGAGCCCGGAAAGGAGUUAUCACGACCGAAGCGAAGCGGAAACUGUCAAUUCGUGGAGCGCUCAGUAAUGUGCUUCUCAGUCAGCCUGGGUGGAUGGUAUCUUUUGCCGACUCGCUUGAGAAUGGCUCUGGUGACAUUGGUGUCGUCGAGGAGUCGAGCCUCAAGAAGAUCGCUGAAGCUGGCCCUAUCGAUACCCAGUUCAACACGAUCAUCGUGCUCGGUGAACAUGGGGUAUCUCUCCCAGGUACCUUUGCCAUUAAAAAUGCUGAUAUUAUUUAUCUGUCCCAGCCGAUUGGUCCUCGCAAACUUACUGAUGCAUUGCAACGGUUCAUCGAUGCCCAUCGCGAAGCAAGCCCCUUGUCCGAGAGCCCGAUUGCGGGCCCGUUCUCAGGAUUCCCUGGCCGUGGGCGCUCCUUAUCCGAAGCAUUUGCCGCCGCCAAGGGAUCAGAAUCCCCUCCUAUGGUCCGGGAAAGUGUCGCAGAGCUUUCACCGUUUCCCACCCCUCAGGCCCUGAAUCAGAAGAACAUACAUGUUCUCAUCGUGGAUGAUAAUGACAUUAUGGCUACUUUUAUGCGCAAGAUAGGUUGCAGUUACGAGACUGCGACUAACGGACUCGCUGCACUGGAGAAAUACAAGGCUUGUGCGGGGCGAUUCGACUAUGUCCUCAUGGAUAUCUCCAUGCCCAUCAUGGACGGAAUAGUAUCUUCGGGCAAGAUCCGCGAGUAUGAAGAACAAAAUUCUCUACCUCGAAGCACUAUCAUGGCAGUUACUGGAGUGGCAUCGAGCUCAAUGCAACAGCAAGCCUUUGCAGCUGGCAUUGACGACUAUCUGGUUAAGCCGCUUUCUCUUCACGACUUGAAACGAAUUAUGAAUGUUGAAUGA